CAUUGUUACUGAUUAAAUAUAUAUAUGCUAAUAUUCACUGGUAGAAUUCGAGCAAGUUAGGGUGGAAUUACUGUAGAUUAGGCACUUAAUCUUACUUCAUUUGCAAUGUCGUCGGUACUUAAAUUCAUUGGGGAAUUCGAGUAAGUUGAUAGAGCGAAAUUUCUCGAGAUUAGGCGCUUGGAUCUUUAACGAGCGAUGUUUUAAAGCUGCAGUUCGAAGUUCGCGCCAACGGCCGCCUUGUGUUGAUGGGUGUCGAUCUCAGAUGCGAUACGACGCCGAGGCGCACCAGCGGAAUGGUGAGAUGCCGCACCGUACAGUUCGAGUUCGAUUUAAUACCUUGCCCAGUAGGGGGACGUAGCUUACGUAGUAAAGAUGUGAACUCGGGCGUAAUAAUUUUAUAUUUUGUAGGCAACUUUUAUACGAAUGUACAUGUCAAUAAAAUUGUAUAGUUGUAGUAUUUCAUAAAUUUCGCGCUUUUGUAUCUUUUAUAUCGGUUUUUACAUCGUUAAUUUUGCUAAGUCCACGUGUUUUAAUACUUUAUUGUGAUUAAACCACUGUUUUAUACUCGUGACUGCCUUUUGUGAUAUUAGUACUUUAGCAAUGUCGUGUGAUUGGGAAGAUAACGAGUAUCUGGAUUUUAAAGAAUUAGAGGAACAAAUAACUCAAAUAGUUGACAAUGGCAAUUUGGAAGAAAUGCUACGUAUACAGUUAUCUGAACUUGAAAUGCUACAAUCCAUGUUUUCGAAUCCUGGGGAAUUUUGUAUCGAUGACCCUAGUGUUAUUGCGGAUAUAAAUGAAUUCUUAGAUGGAAAAACCAAUGCAUACCCACCACGUUUGGAUUUCGCAAUUAAUAUAACAAUUGACAAGGCUAAAUUUGAAGUUUGUGUGAAUCUUCCUCAUGAUUAUCCAGCUACUGAACCUGAUAUUUUUGUAAGAAGUGACAAAUUGACUAGAAGUCAGCAACAUGAACUUAACUGUGAUCUAUCCAGGCAUUUAAAUUCUUUAGAUCGAGGAGAAAUAUGUAUCUGCACUGCCAUACAAUGGCUGCAGGAAAAUGCAACAUGCUAUUUGACAGAACCUAAGCCAGAACCAGUUAUUAAUCGACCAUCAAGUGAUGAUGAGGAGAGACUAUUUACUCGUUAUUGGAUUUAUUCUCAUCACAUAUAUAGUAAAGUGAAAAGGCGUGAGAUUCUUGACCUGGCUCAUGAGUUUAAUGUUACUGGAUUUUGCUUGCCAGGUCGACCUGGUAUAAUUUGUGCUGAAGGGAUAGCUAGAGACUGUGCUGAAUGGUGGCAAAAGGUCAAAAGUAUGAAUUGGAAGAAAAUAAUGUGCAAGAAACGAGAAGUCAAGACAUUGGAGGCAGCAUCUGAGGCUGCUCAGUUACGCAAGUUCCCUCGGUUCCAGGAGGUAGCAUUUGAAACUGAACGAACCAGUGGGAAGUCCCGAGACUGUCACAUGGAUAUGGGCCAGUUUUUUUUGUAUCUAGAAAAACAUGAUUGCAGUUACGUCUUCAAAGAUUAUUUUGGUGUAGAUGCAAAGGCAAGGUACGAGUCAGCUUGCUCCAUAACUUGUCUGGCUGGAGAGGCACUGCCCCCAGCUUCGGCUCUCCUGGAUGUUAGUACCUCGCCCACCACGCCCCCGUCAACGAUGCAAAGCUUGGAGGCUGCAUGUGAGGAAGCUGAAGAUGUUAGUACAUGUAGAAUUGGUAUUUGGUUGCAGCAAAUCCUGGAAAUUGCUACCAAGACUCCUCACAUUGUGCCUCCCAGCACCAUCAGCAGUGACGACAGCAGUGGCCAUUUCCCUCUGUUUCACAAGCUAAGAGAACUGUACGUGGCAGAAGUAGCAUUCCAGCACCUGCAGCCUAAUCAGAACUUCAAGGCGUCUUCGUAUCUGUUGGACAAGUUGGUUGCACGUGAACAUCUCAACACUCUGAUUGUCAACCUCUACCCCGACAAGAAAGGAUAUUCGAUCGCGCUGCGUAUCCCUAACAAGCAGUCGCAAGCUACAACAGCCACAGAAUCACCAGCAAGUGGACAGUCUGCAUCAACAUCAUCAGUGGGAGGAACACCAGCAGCACCAGCAUCACCAGCAACACCUCCCUCUGUAGCAUCAUCAGUAACAGCAACAACUACAACUACAACCUCAUCUGCAACCACAACAACGCCCUCAAGUGCAGUAGCAGCGACGUCAGCCACUUCAACUCCUACUUCUGGCCCUAGUGCAAGUGCUAGCAACUCUCCAGCCAACCAAGCCAGCGAAAUGCUCAUUGAGACUGUGCGGUGGCCCUACAGCGAGGAUGAGCUUCUGCGCUGUGUGGACAAUGAGGAGCUUCCUCCAUUUCUGCUUCAGCUGCUGGAGGAGUCCCAAGCAGAUAUUUUUUAUGAGGGCUGCAUUAUUGCUGAAGUGAGGGACUAUCGUAACGCUUACCCCCAUACUUCAUUUAGCACCCAUCAUGUUCUUCUGAGGCCCACAAAUCAGAGUCUGGUGACUGACCUGCGAAUGUUAACAUCGCAAGGAGAUUGGACCUACGAGGAAAAAUUGGCUCUGGAAAGCCAGCUUUUGCUUGCUACACAAGGCCCUCUUUGCCUGGAUCCCUCCCCUGCUGUUGCGAUUGCUGCUACACGGCUGCGUUAUAGUGCUCAACCUCUCAAUACAGAGCCAAUUCGACGUUGUGCUCGACGUUAUUCCCAGGUGGCCAUUAAUCGCAAACGCAAGUUGGACCAAUUCUCUGCCAAUCCUCAUCUGCCUCUACAUGACUUCUUAAGUCGGAGGCGUGCUCGCCUUCGUACCUUAAAUCCAGCUGCUACUGCCACUUCAACCUCUGCUGGUGCUGCUGCUGGUGCUGCUGCAACCACUGCGUCUUCACCUGCAGCUUCCACGUCCACUGCAGUUCCUGCCUCUAAGCUUCUUAAAAAGCCGGGUGAAAAUGGGCCUGUGCUGCCAGCACCACCUCCUGUACCAAUGGACCUCAUGCCAGAUAACCUGACACCUCCUAGCACAGGAGUGGCAGAUGUAUUACGCUUGGCUCGUCCUCUGGAAAGGCCCCCAGAGACAAAUGAUUGUGCUCCUCGGUUAGUGGAGGAGUACAUAUUGGAGACUGACCGAGAACAGGGACGUGUCUACCAUGUGAAGUUGUCAAUACUCCAGCGACCAUCAAACUCGGAAUUCCUAGGCGAAUUAUACUUAGAUCGCGAUUAUCGUGAAGGCCAACGUAAUGGUUCAUCUUGCAGAUUUACACUAGGUACAAGAGCUCAUGCCAACCAGUAUAUUCAACAGUUCCGUGAAAUUUUCACCGAUGAAGGAAGGAAAUCGGUCCGAAUCACACACCUUGUGCCUGGUCAGCCUCCUCGUGUUCGAUGCACUCCUCGCAUGUUGGAGCGUGAUGCAAAGCAUCAGGCUCAGUUGCAGGCGCAAGCUGCCCAGCAUGCAGCAGCUCAGCAAGCUGCAGCUCAACAGGCUGCAGUUCAGCAAGUCUCAACUCAGCAAAUUUCUGUUCAGCAGUCUCCAGCUCAAGUGAAUCAAGUUCAGCAAAUACAAGUACAACAAGUACAAGUUCAGCAAGUGCAACAGGUCCAACAAGUGCUCUCUGGUCAGCCAGUUCAAGUACAUGUGCAGCAAACAGGACAGCAGUCUCCCAUGUCUACCGCAACAGUACUUCAGACAGUUCACCAGAACCAUGUUUCUGUGCAGCAACAAUUGCAAGCUGCACCACAACAGUCAGCACAAGUCUUCAAUGUUUUGUCACCACCAACUGCAAGUGCUGUUAGCAUCCAGUCCCUCAGCCCCGUUGCAUCUAGCACAGUGGUUCCGACUACUGUUCUUGCAAACGGUUCUCUUGGACCAGUAGUGCUGCCAAAUUGCUUACCACACAAUGGUCCUGUUACUGCAAGUUCACCACUUAGUCAACAAACACAGCAGCUGCAGCAACCACAACAGCAGCAAUUACAGAAACCUCAGCAGCAGCAGCAACCCCAAUCGACUUCAGGAAGUCCUGUUGCUAGAUCCAAAACGUCAAGUUCUGUCUGGCAAGCAGCUGCAAUAAGUGCAAUAGCAAAAGGUCUGAUGAACUCAGCUCAGCAGUACCAACAGGAACGUGCUGCAGCUGUUGCUGUAGCUAAUGCUAACUCUGCAAACUCAACGAAUACUGGUAAUGUAAGUGCAACAAGUAUUGGUAAUGUGAGCUUAGUAAAUAAUCCAGGAACCUCAAUAGCUAGUGGCAUAUCAAGUUCAACAUCAAGUAAUGCAGCUAUUUUAAGCCUUUUGAAUAGUGGACCGGCUCAUAGUGUCAAUCAUACUACUGUUCCUAUAAAUGCUCAGUCAAUACAACAGCAACAGCAACAACAACAGCUUCAGCAGCAGCAACAACAGCACUUGCAACAACAAUUACAGCAAUUACAACAGCAGCAUCAACAUCAAUCAAUCCAACCUCAGCCGACCCAAGUCCAGCAGCAAGUGUCACAACCUCAGAUAAACACAAAACUGGUGGCUCAGAAAGUAACUCUUAGCAAUCUUCUGAACUCCCGCCUACUAAACCAUAGCACUUCUGCAUCUGUGACAUCUGGAAGCCAACAGCAGCGAGUACCCACCUUAGCUGCAGCGUUGGGAGCACCCCUUGCCACAGCCUCCAACACUCAAUCCCAGCAGCAAGCCUCUCAAUCACAGCAGGUGCAGCAACAAGGGUUUACUCUCUCUCAGAAUGUUGGUUUUCCCACCUCUGGUACAGUGAAGGUACGAGGUGUUGCAGUGCCAGGCAAAGGAAUGUCUGGAACUGUCACUCUUAACCAUUCAGGAAGGAUUUUAAAUGCCAGCUCAGUGGCAGGGACAAGUUCUCCAAAUCGAAGGUUGACAACAGUCUCUUCGGCUGGUGUUUCACCAUCGAGUGACAGCAACUCGAGUCUUGGGCCAACAAUGCCUGGAUUGUCAGCGUUGCUGGCUGGUUCACCUUCUGCUGAUAACCCCAUCCCAGGAGCAUCCACAACAGCGUCUCCUGCACUCAUGGAGAGGCUUGCUGCUGCCACAGCGCCUCCCACCCCAGGGCCUGCAGGAUCCCCUGGCACCCCAGUGAAUCACCCGCACACUCCAUCCCCCAAAGCAGCCACUCCUUCCAAGAUUCUUCAAAGCCCACCACCCACUCCCACAACACCUGUCCCUGCUGGUACCCCUACUCCUGCUUCCACACCCACGCAGACAAGUGUGAAUGUAAACGUCCAAGGCUUAAGCCUUGCGAGUUUGCAAGGUGCUGUUGCCUCGUUCCCUGGCUUGCAGGUAUCUAUUCCUGCAUUAGCUGUACCUAUUUCUGUGUCAUUAAAUAUGGCCCAGCCAUCCAAUAUGCUACUAAUAUCUUCUAGUACACCCACUAGCUCAGUUGCUCUGGGAACAGCAGGUGCUAGUCCCACCAUGGUGCUUGCCAACAACUCGCCUGUACUUUCUUUGCCUGUUGCCCAGUUGGUGACAGCCGGUGUCAAGGGUCUGCCACCGCAGCAGCGAGCAGGGUCACCUGCAGCCGGGGUUAAUCAGUUGUCGCUGGCCCAGCAGACGGGAGGCCGACACUCCAUCCAAUUAGUGGGACUUCCCCGAUCGACACGACUAGCUGCUGGAAGUCUACCCCCUGGCUCUCAACUGCAUCCCAGCACCAAACAAGCUCUGGCAUCACGGGGCCUGCUCAACUCUCAGCGUGUCAAAGUGGCCACAAACUCAGUUGUUCUGUUUGUGUUGGAGCCCUGUUGCAUUAAGUGCCUGCAUGGCCUCUGCCUGUGCAUGGGCAGAGUCUCACUGCCUUCUUUGCAUUGCUUCUCAGCAGGGGCUGGGGCGACGGUGACGUUGGCAGGCGCAGGGCUUCCUGGGAACCAGGUGGUCACAUUGACUACCCAGCAGCAGUUGCAGAUGGCUGUGCAGAAACAACAGCAACUGCAGAUUCAGCAAUGCCUAGCACAACAGAAUCCAGCUCCUGCGACCAACAACACAAUGCUGCCAGCAGCAGUUGCCGGCAAACACAGACGACGAUCAACAGCCGCUGACCCCAAUAAAUAGCGACGGCCCUGCCCCUGUGUUAUGGGUGAGGAGUGAGGCAACAGCGUCUCAGAGCUGGGCUCUGGACUGUGAUCACUGGCCAGCAGUUGGCCACUGCGCACGUGUUACCAGAUUGCAAUCCACCUCAGAUACCUCAGGACCAGUCUUCUACCUUGACAUCCUCUCCCCCUCCUCCGAUUUUGAGAGAGCAUGGUUUGACUGCAUGCAGAGACAGAAAACAAUAGGGGUGGAACUGCAAGUCUCUCUCUCUCCCUCUCUCUCUUUUAAUCUGUUGUCUGUCAAGUAAGACUGGGUCCCACAAACUAGGUGUUGGAGGGACCACAGAGGUGCAGGACAUUGUUGGCCGUUGCACAACGCGAGUAGGGCUGGACGCUGGACGUGGUGGGUGUAUAGAAGCUUAGGAUGUUGUGGAAUCAUUGCUGACAGCACGAGUCCCCCGCAAUGUCUGUGAUGAAUAUAUGCUUGUAAGUCAUUGAAGUAGUUAUUUGGAUGGAUGGUUUGUGUGCUUAUGAAUUAGUGUUAAAUGUAAGAAUGAGUGUAUGUGAAACUGAAACGAGUUGUGGUGAAAUUUUUUAGUAUAAUAUAUGUAUAUAUUAUUCUUUAAAGUACAUUUCUUUUGGGUAUUUUUAUUGUAUUUUAGAAUUUAUUUGGUUACAAACAUAAUUCCUGAUUCUCUCAGAUGAAAAUCUGUAAUAGAUGAAAUAAUUUUAAGACAAAGGGUUCUGGUCCAAGGCAGAGAAUACUGAGAAAAUGAAACUGAUCAUAUUGGUACUUCUCAAGAUUAUUUGAAAGUGGUUCAUGAGCCACAAAAUAUUAUUGAAAUGCAUAGCUUGCAGUUGCUCAAGGGGUAGAGGGGCUGCCAUAUUGCAGUAGUGAACUGGGUUAUGGUAAAUAAUACAUGUUGGAAUUGUGCACCUUAUGUUCACAAAGUAUUCUUAUGAGGCAAGUUUGGAGUGUUCCAUUUGAAAACAUGUUUGCACUGAGAAGAUCAGUCUUCCCAAAGUCAGUCUUUUUCAUAACUCAAAACAAUCAUUGCCUCUAUACGUGCUGUUACUAUGGUGCAUUGGUGAGUAAGAUUGUUGCUCACUAUUCAUUACUGUUGAUCUCUGGUAAGGUAAAGUCUUUCAUUGUGCAAUAUAUUGAGGGGAAACUAGUAACCCCCUCUGUCUGUAUACUAUUCUGUAUGGUUUAAAAUUCCUCAAAAUGAAUAUUCUGGUAUGAAGUGGUAACCAAACCAAACUAUACAAAGGUUUCUACUGGAUUGCAGAAUUUGCAAAGUGCGAAUGUAUGAUUACUGUCAGAUUGCAGUGAUAAAUAUUCUUUCUAUUAAAGAUGCAUAAUGUGUUUCAUAUCUAUUUGAAUAAAGUAUUGUCAGAAACAUGUCAAUCACCUUCAUAUUGUAUGAAAAUUCAAUAGAAUUUUCAUAGCAAAUUUCACUCAUUAAAAGUAGGUUGCAUAGAAAAGAACAUAAAAUUCAUUAAAGAAGGCUAUAAAGGAAGAACAUGUAAUUGAAUUUCCCUCUUACAGUGAUUAUUCACUAUUCAUUUUCUUAAUAAUGUUUUGCUUUUGUGUUGAUAUGAUUUUGUUAUUUGUAUAUGCGUCAAUAAUGCUGGAACUACAGGAAUUUUUUUAUUUUUUAUUGCAUUCUUCCAGGUAUGUUAAAUAUAAACUUCAAAUUUUCAUAAUAAUUAGUUCUUUAUUAAUUAUGAGGAGCAAACCUAUCAAGACUGAUGACAUACUGUAGUUGCAAAAAACUGUAUUGUGCAAUACUGACCUGAAUAUGUCUUAUUCAGAACAGACCAUUAAGCACCUUAUAGUCCAGUAUUGCUGUGUGUGUUUUGAUGUAUUGUUUGAAUUUAUACUUUCCUCGUGCUGUGUAACAAAAUUUUGAUUUAGGUAUUCCUAUGUUACCACUGAAUGAUUCUUGUUACAAAUGCUCUAAUAUUUUUGUAAGUUACUAAGUAGUGGUAAUAAUUAUUUAUAAGGCAGUAAUUGUAUAUCACAUGAGUACUUACAAAGGAGCAACUGCGUUUUUGAAAUUGGGUUCUUUUGAUGAACUAUAUGUACUUCCUGUUAUACUAGCACCCACAACGGUAAUUUUUUGUGCAAGAAAAUAAAAUAAAAAAAUAAAAGGAAUAUUGUGAUCAUUUCCAUUGCAACAGAAAUUUUUGAGCCAAGAUCAAGAUUUUUUUUGCUCAAAGCUCAAUUUGCUAUUGGUUGAAUAUUGCAGUUACUACUUUGGUUACAACCUACUAUUGCUGAUGGAAGUCAGUAAUGUUGCCAAAUAUACAAGACUUUCUAAGAGUAUGAAGCAAACUUGAGUAUCUGAUUCAUAAUGGAAAUUGUAAUACCCUUCAAAAUUAUUAAAGAAAAUUUCACUUGUUCAGUUAUCACAUAAUAAGUAAAGAUAAGUAGGUCAGCCAUUAUUGCAAGUUUCAAAUAAUCUUAAAACAUGUUUAUUUUAAUUUAUUUUGUUUACCAGCUUCCAUACUGCUCAGUAUGAAAUGAGGAGGAUUUGUUUAGUUUUAUUCAAUAUUUGUGAUGAAAUUAUGACAUUUUAACUUUUUUCUGUUUAUGGUAGAAGUAUUUUGAAGCAGAUAAAAUAUUUAAAUAUUUUUUUAGUAUUGGAUAUGUAUAAAGUUACAUAUGUUUAUUUGGUGCAGAUAAACAAGUUUGUAUAGUUAUGACUUGAAACUGGGUUUUUCCUAUAUAUCCCUAGUUUUCUAAUGUGUAAUUUGUAUUUGUGAAAGGACCAUUUUCAUUUCUAUUGUGUAUACAGUUCUGCUUUUAAUUGGACUCAAAUGAACCUAUAGAAAGAGGGUAUUAUAAAUGCAAUAUUGUGUGCAUGUAUAAACCAGUGUUGACUACAUGCAGAUGCAUAGUCUUCCAUAGAAUUAUCCCAGCGUUUCCUUUAUCCAAUUGUAUGUUUGUGAGGGACUCGUUGCUCUUAAAUGGUCUUGACAUUAUGUAUUUUCCUACAAGUUGUUAAACUUAUUCUGUGAAAUUUCUGAAACUCACCGUACGCCUGGUCAGUGCUUAUUCUAAUGCUUGUCAUUCAAUCACAAUGUGGCAUUCUGGUGUGCUCCUUAUUCAUAGUUGUAGUAGAUCAUUGUUUUCACCUGUAACUUAGAAUC